AUGGAGAAUAGAAGCGAUCAGUCUCACUACAAGAGUAAUGCAAAAGAGGAAACUAAAUCGCGCAAGCGAGAGUCAAUCCAGCAGCGGAGACACCGUAUCUUGGGCACCGCAUUCGCCCGGAGUACCAAAACCACAGAUCAGGUCGCUACGGAUCGGGGCGCCUUAUACGAAUCAGAUUACAGUAGGCGCAGACACCAGGUGCGCCGAGCCCAGCGGUAUCACCGUCAGCGGACAUUGGACUACAUUGAUGACCUCGAGACGGAAAUUAUUCGUUUAAGAGGGUUACAUGAAAAUACGCGGAGCGGAGAUAGUAAUGAGCCGUGCUCACAAGAUUUAGCCAAGAAUGGCGCUCCAAGCCUUGGCAAUAUGAGUGUGAGUGUCCUUGUCGAGGCUUUUGACGGCCAGAUUGCGCCUGGAGUACGCGUGGCCAGUCACUCAGCGAGUGUAUCUCCCUACCAACCAACACGCAUCUCUAAGCCAAGCGAUCUCUCUCAAAAUAUCGCACCCACCCUUGUCGUCUUCGACGGGCCAUCAAAUGGAUUCAGAUGCCAUAUGCUUCCUCUUGCAUGGGAUUCAGAGAUGGUUCGGUAUGCCCUACUGGCUUUAUCAGCAAAUCAUAUGCGAUUCAAGCGCCCCCAGCUUUUGCCGCUGGCCCUGGGCUUUCAAUCAAUGGCCAUCGAGCAACUCUCUGAAAUGUCCAAGACGAAUGAUCCUAAUGGUGACACGAGAGUAGCCGUUUUGGCUACCAUCAUUCUCCUACUCAUCACUGAUAUGAUGAAUGGCGGACCCCAAUUUGAUCUUUUAUUCGGCAUGGUAACGUCGUGGAUAGAUGCAACAAACUGUGGGUCUGUUCCUCUUACGCAUCGAACGCAUCACUCAGACAUGGAAGUUUUCCUUCUUGGCCAACUUGACAUGGUACGCCGUUAUGCAAAACCCCUGAUGACCGAGCGAUUUGCCAUACGUGAGCAGCAUGGCUGUACUCCCCUUACUGUUCCUACCGGCACGCUCAGAGAUAAGUUGACUCGAAUUUUCAAGUCGAUAAGCGAGGCCAUCAAGUACGCCUGCUAUAUCUAUUUUUAUCAUGUAAUGAACGAUACACUGCCUCCUGAUCUUGAGGACGUCCUUAUUAAAAUAAAGGAUACUACUCGACACAUACCCCCAUAUGCCCCUGGCGAAAAUAGCUUAGCCUGGGUAUACUUUAUUGCUGCUGCUGAGAGUUCUGUCCCUACCAAGCGUAUAUACUUUACAAGACAACUCAUGGGUCUCUUCGAGAGAGGAAGUUUUAGCAACCCAACGCCCGCCUUUGUCAUGCUGCACCAUAUUUGGAAUUGCCAUGACUUUGGUAGAAGCUGGACCAAGUACCUUAGAGGCCAAGAUUCUUUUCCUGUCACGCAGUCCCCUGGUUGA